AGCAUGAUUUGUGACUUCUUCCACCCGAAUGUGGGCGGCGUAGAAAGCCACAUCUACAUGCUCAGCGCAAACCUCAUCCAACGGGGCCACAAAGUGAUCGUCAUAACCCACAGUCACCCACCAGACCGCGUCGGAGUGCGCUACCUGCUGCCCUCGCUCAAGGUGUACUACAUCCCGUUCCCCACCAUCGCCUCCUCCGCCACCCUCCCCAACUUCUUCACCUUCCUUCCCUACUUCCGCACUAUCGUCCUCCGCGAACGCAUACAGCUCGUCCACGGCCACGCUAGCCUCUCUUCGCUCGCACAUGAGGGCAUAUUGCAGGCUCAUCUCAUGGGCGCGCGCACGGUGUUCACGGACCAUAGUCUCUUUGGAUUUUCGGACGCUGCGAGUAUAUUGACGAAUAAACUGCUUGAGGGUAUGUUACGAAACGUGGACGCUGCGAUCUGCGUUUCGCAUACUGGACGGGAAAACACCGUCCUCCGCUCGAAACUCCCCCCAGAGCACGUCUACGUCAUCCCCAACGCCCUCGUAGCCUCCCAAUUCAAACCCGCAGACGUCCCUCUCACCUCCGACACAAUCACGAUAGUCGUCAUCUCCCGCUUCGCAUACCGCAAAGGCAUAGACCUCCUCGUCGCCUCCGCACCCCGCAUCUGCGCCUCCUUCCCCAACGUCCGCUUCCUCAUCGGCGGAGACGGCCCCAAACUCAUCGACCUCCUCCAAAUGCGAGAAAAACACCUCCUCCAAGACCGCAUCGAGCUCCUCGGCCCAGUCCGCCAUCGUGACGUCCGAGACGUCCUCGUCCAAGGCUCCAUCUUCCUCAACACCUCCCUCACCGAAGCCUUCGGAAUCGCGAUCCUCGAAGCCGCCUGUGCAGGUCUUUAUGUCGUCUCUACCCGCGUCGGGGGCGUGCCUGAGAUCUUACCGGAAGAUAUGAUCUCGUUCGCUAAUCCGACUGAGGACGACAUCUUCGAAGCCACCUCAAAAGCGAUCGCCCUCGUCUCCGCCGGGUCGCAUGACCCGCACCGCGCACACGCGCAGAUCAAAGAUUUCUACGACUGGGCGCAUAUCGCGCGGAGGACGGAGGUCGUGUAUCGGAAUGUGCUGCAGAGCGAGGAGAUGGGGGUGUGGACGCGGAUUAUGCGAACGACGCAACUAGGCCCCUUCUUCGGCCCCAUCUCCACCAUCAUCCUCAUCCUCAACUGCAUCUUCUUCGCCGUUCUCGAAUGGUGGAUACCCCGCUCCGAGAUCGAUUAUGUCCCAGGGGAGGAGUAUGGGUGGGAUAAAGGGCGAUGGGGCGAAGUCGUUCAAGGGCGGGAGCCGGAUUCAAAGGCGACGACGACCGAGAAGAGUGAUGAAUGAUCUUAUGGCCGUAGCUUCACGCUCAGUCAAGGUCUCUUUCAAAGGGCGAUUGUAAUAAACAAGGACGAAGAUUUUUUUGAAUUGGUGCCGUCCACUGGGUCUUUCUACUACCCCGACGCAGAGUGUAACUCACACCGGUAUCCUCGCUGCGGAGACCGCCAGCUAUGAUGGGGCGGGUAGGACCGAGGACACUACUUCCUCGCGCGUUUCCUCUCGUCUCGAACCCCCCACCCUCUCCCGGACCUCGCACCAGCCGCUCCUGAACAAGAAAAAUGACCACCGUGACGAUCUCGAGCACUUACUCCUACCGAGCCUCAGUUUUUUUUGCGAUGAAGGCCGUGGACAGAGAUGGGAGGGGCCACUGUGCUGUGUGCGGAUGGUGCUAAUCAAGACUCUGGCAGGAUUGAACGCUACGGUGGGCUCUCCUUUGUAUGUGGAUACUACAAUUCCAAUCGUUCACUGGCUUUUGACCGUGACGUGCAUCGUCCCUCGCUGCCAGUGGUGGA